CUCUCUCUCUCUCUCUCUCUCUGUAAGUAUUUGCACAAAAUCUGAUUCAUUCAUAUUCUUCCAUGGCGGCCAACAGAUUCGCGACGUUGAUCCACCGCAAAACAAACCGAAUCACUCUCGUCCUCGUCUACGUUUUCCUCGAGUGGUCUCUCAUCUUCUUCAUUCUUCUCAACUCUCUCUUCUCUUAUCUCAUCCUCAGAUUCGCUGAUUACUUCGGUCUCAAGCCUCCUUGUCCCCUUUGCUCCAGACUCGAUCGGUUCUUCGAAGCCUCCGGUAAAUCUCCUCCUCCCCACAGAGAUCUUCUAUGCCAUGAUCACGCCCUCGAGGUUUCCACACUACACUCGAAACCUCUCGCUGAAUCCAAGGGUUUCAUCAUCAACGAAGAUGGUUGUAACAAAGAAGUUGUUACUAUGGCAAAGGAAGAAGAAAAUAGAGUGAAUCUUGCUGUGGAGGCCCAAGAAGUUGCUCAGGGAACAGAUGGUAAGCUGAAGUUGGAGUUAGAAGAGGAGAGAAAGGCUCUCGAUGCUUUAUACGAGGAGCUGGAGGAAGAGAGGAGCGCGUCUGCGACUGCAGCCAAUGAAACAAUGGCGAUGAUCAACAGGCUGCAUGAGGAGAAAGCCGCUAUGCAGAUGGAGGCCUUACAGUGCCAAAGAAUGAUGGAGGAGCAAUCCGAGUUCGAUCAAGAAGCCUUGCAGCUGUUGAAUGAGCUUAUGGUGAAACGAGAGAAGGAGAACGCAGAGCUCGAGAAGGAGCUAAAGGCGUGUAGAAAGAGGUUGGAGGAGUAUGAAACCAAAGAGAAAAUAGAGUUGAUGAUGAGGAGAAUGAGAGAUGAUGAUGAUUCAGAUGAGAACACGCCGGUUAGUGUUGUGCUUCGUCUUGAUGAGUGUUUAGAUGAUUAUGAAGGAGAGAGGCUUUCGCUUCUUGAGAGAUUGAAGUUUCUUGAAGAGGAACUCACUGAUCUGAAUGGUGAAGAGGACGAGAGCAAUGGUAGCAUCAAUGGAAACGUUCAUGGUAAGGAAACAAACAAGAAGCAUAGAGUAUUCAAGUCAAAGAGACUACUUCCACUGUUUGAUGGAGAGAUGGAAAAUGGAAACCACUAUGUAAACGGGGUUGAUGAAUCGGAGGAGAGUGAGGUUGUAACGGUGGAAGAAGAAGUUGAUGAGUUAUACGAGAGACUAGAAGCAUUGGAGGCAGAUAGAGAGUUCUUGAGACAUUGUGUUGGUUCAUUGAAAAAAGGGGACAAAGGUGUACUUCUACUCCAUGAGAUUCUGCAACAUCUACGUGAUCUCAAGAAUAUAGAUUUUAUUCGCGUUAGAGACAACGAACACAUGAGUUUUUGCGUUUGAAUUCAGUCUAUACAUAUGGUUUGCAUGAACAGAAGAAAUUAUACAGGUCAGGAAGUAACUCUGUUGCUUAAGAGGCAAGGAACAACAAUAAAUGGUCUGGAUGCAGAAGAAAAAAGCCAUAAAAGUCUGAGAUAGAGUAUCUAUUUGAUUCACUAAUGUUGUGUCAGAUGAGAAUGUCAAGUCUUUCUUUCGUUUUUAGCUAUAAAUUUUAUAAUAUAAAAUUUUCAGAUUUAUUAUACAGAAAUAGAGGAGUGUCAGCAUAAUGUUUCACUUUUUGUCUUUAUGAGUUGUAAUAGAAAAAAGGUAGAUUAUGAGUGUAUGUGUUUGUAGUGUAGAGGUUGAUUGGCAAGGAU